UCCCCUCCUAUGGCCAUCUCUAAAAUGACAUGACUUAAGUAGAUGUCUGCAUAGUCGAAGCUCCUGGAAUCGUCGAGGGACACAACGUCGACACCUGGAAACGAUAUUAAUCGCCAAGAUCUACGCACGAGCUACAAGUUCGGUUAUUCACACGUCAUAUAUCACCCUCAACCUGAAGUAAGCGAGCUCUGAAUCAUGCCAAACUGGGGUGGUGGAAAUAAGUGUGGGGCCUGCGGGGGGACCGUUUACCACGCCGAGGAGGUCCAGUGUGAUGGGAAGAGUUUUCACAAGUGCUGUUUCAACUGCAUGGUCUGCAGGAAAGGCCUAGACAGCACCACUCUGGCCAUUCACGACAAAGAGAUCUACUGCAAGUCCUGCUACGGAAAGAAGUACGGGCCAAAAGGCUACGGUUACGGCCAGGGGGCCGGCACACUCAACAUGGACCGCGGAGAGAGACUGGGCAUCAAACCAGAGGAGCCUCACAGCCAUCGGCCAACAACAAACCCCAACCCAUCUAAGUUCGCUCAGAAGUUCGGCAAUUCGGAGAAGUGUGCCCGGUGCGGGGAGUCUGUGUAUGCAGCCGAGAAGGUAGUGGGAGCUGGCAAGCCUUGGCACAAGAACUGCUUCAGGUGUGCCAAAUGUGGGAAGAGCCUGGAAUCCACUACCCAGACAGAGAAGGAGGGCGAGAUCUACUGCAAAGCAUGUUACGCCAAGAACUUUGGACCCAAAGGAUUUGGAUAUGGCCAAGGAGCAGGCGCUCUGGUUCACGCCCAGUGAUGACCGCCUUGAAUGACUGACUGACCGACCGCUCCCACAACUGUGCCUUUGUACAUUUUGCUCAGCUGCUUGUGAGAAGCAGUUUUUAAACUAACGCCUUAAGGGGGGGGGGGGGGGGAUCUAGGGUCAGGGGAUAGGCUGGAUCUUGAAGUUUAUCAGGUGGGGUGGUGUUUGGGUACAGCUAGGAUUAAUGUCUGUGGUUCUGUUACAGAAGUAAUAAACAUUAUGUAUAAAGAUUUC